GUGAGCGCCGAGGUUGUUCUGGAGAAAUCCAGAGAGCGUACGACACGUCGUCCUCCCGUAUCUUCUCUUUUCCUUCCCUUCUCCUCACUGGGUCUCCAAACCCCCUCUAGAGAGAGAGAGAGUAGAGAGAGCGUGUAGAGGGAGAGAGAGAGAGAGAGAGAGAGAGAGAGAGAGCAGAAACCCUUAGAGGAGGUGGAUAGAUUUUUGGGAUUGGAGUGAUUGGAUGAUUUCGGGUAAUUAGGGGUUUGGAUUGGUGUGCGCUUUUGAUUGGGACUAGGAUUAGGGUUAGGGUUAGGGUUAGGGUUGGGAGAUGGUUGGGUUCAUGGAGGGAAAGAUGAAGAGGAAGGACUUGGAGGAGGUGUUCGACGAGUUCUCCGAGUUCUCGCUCUCCUCUCCCGCGAGAAAGAUUAGGAGAUUGGAUGCAGAGUUGCCACCAAUCAUUGAAGGGGAGGACCUUGCAGUUCCUUUGGACAUCGAACAACAGCCACAACUAACGAAGGAGGAAGCCAGCGUGCCCGCCAUGGUUAUUGGAUCAGGGCCAGCGGUGGAAGACGGGCCGCCAACUCUUCCUACCCUCCCUUCGAAUGAGGAGAGAGCUCUUGUUCUUUACAAGCCAGUUGAGGGCCAACUUCUCUUUGGCCCUGGGGGAUCAAAUGUCUCUUUCCGAGUGAGCUCGGAUUUCCUCCACGGCCUCAAGAGUCAAGUUUUCCACAGAAGGGGAAACCACAUGUUGGACGAGGAGCCAGGUGAAGGGAGCAAUAACUGCCUAGCUGUUGUUCCCUGGGUUGGGAGAGAGGCAGCCACUAAUUGGAUUCACGGAACUGAGCUUAGGAGGGAAGUAGCAGUGGAGGAGCCGAUGGAGGCUGAAGAGGCUGAAAGUGCUUCCAUGGAAGUCGAAGGAGGGGAGAGAGAGCAAAAUCCCGAUAACAGAAUGAGCGAAGGGAGUGGAGAUGGGGGAUUCAACAGUCAGUGGCAGCAGCAACAACAGCAGCAUUGCAUGAAUCCGCAGUUCGGGCCGAACCCCACCGCUGCCGCCACUCCUGUAAUGUGGUCAUGGUGACUUCGUAGAGGGAAUAGAAGUGGAUGUGGGUAAAUGCAAUGCUCAGAUUCACUUCUUGUAAAUCUCCCUUGUGCUGUAUCUCUUCUUCUGAGGGUUUGAAGGUCCACUUUGUUGAGGGAGAGCUUAGCAUGAGAAGCUCUUUUGUGGAUAUAAAUAUAUAUAUAUACAUGUUGAUUGCUCUUCUGUGUUUUGGUUAUUCCUAUUUGUGAUGUGAGAGUAGAGAGAAUGGCAACUAAUCUCUCAAACAUUCAAACGGGAUUGGUGUAAGCUCGUGUAAAAUUUGUUGUAAACAGUACAUUAUGUAAAAGCUCUUUUAGGUCCAGUUUGAAUGGGUAGUUAUAAAAUUUUAUGAAGUUAAUAUUAUAUGGUUUUGGUC